GACAGAAUGUCAUCAACAUAUGGAUGAAAUAAAAAAAUUAUCCUGGCGUGUCUGUCGAUUCAAAACAGGUUUCUGUCAUGUCUUUUUUUUCAGAUACAAAUUGUAGCUUACAAUUGAUGUUGAUAAAUUCAGACAGGGGGAACUGUGGUGUUUGUGUGUGCACUGAACGUCUUGGUGCACGGACGAAUCGCGAGCGUUUUCAUCAGCAGUCUCCACUCGCCGCAUUGGCUCUCUCUCCAAUCCUGAUUCCCAAACACCGAGCAGCGCCGCUGAGAAAGAAAAACAACAUGUCUGUCUAGACCUGCAGGAACCGUGUGCACAGAGGCUUGACUGCCCCCGCUAUGGCCGGUUUAAGAUGAUAUGGGCUACGCUGGACUUGGUCGUGGGCGCGCUGCUGAAGAUGAUGCUCGGUGGAUUUUAAGCGCGCGGCGCGCAUCUCUCCAGGAAAUAUGGCGACCAUGCGGGUGCUGACGGCGUGCGGGCUGCUGCUGGCCUUCUGCGCGCUGGCGCUGCUCGCCGUAGCCAUGAGCACGGACUACUGGUACGAGACAGACGCCCGCCGCCACCGCGAGCGCUGCAAGAAAUACGCGGGCAAGCGAACUGACCCGGGAUACAUCUACAUUUCCAGUCAGAACCUGCCGCUCCGCAUGCUGCCCCAGCGGCCCGAGCGUGGCGGCGCGGUACUGAGGGAGAGGCGCGAUCUGCUGCCGCCUUCCUCGGCCAUGGAGUCGCGCUGCAGUCGUAGGUUUAACUCGACGGCCACGGGCCUGUGGCGGAAAUGCCACAGAGAGGGCUUCGAUCAGGAGAACGAGGAGCUCAUCUUUAAAGGUUUGCUCCAGCGCUGUACGCCAGUGAAAUAUUAUUAUUCCUCCUCAAAUAUUCCACGCAAUCUCCCUGUGAAUAUUACGAAGACGAUACGGCAAGAUGAGUGGCACGCUCUCCAUUUACAGAGGAUGACCGCAGGGUUCAUAGGCAUGGCUGUGUCCAUCAUCCUGUUCGGCUUGAUCAUCGGUGUGCUGGGCUGCUGUAAGCACAAUGAGCUGAUGCAGUAUGUAGCAGGCCUGCUCUUCCUAAUGGGAGGAACCUGCUGUAUCAUCUCUCUCUGCACAUGUGUGGCUGGGAUUAACUUUGAGCUGUCUCGCUACCCACGCCAACUGUACAGGCUGCCUGAGGACAUCAGUCAUGGCUAUGGCUGGUCCAUGUUCAGCGCAUGGGGUGGUCUGGGCCUCACGUUGCUUGCCGGAUUCCUCUGCACACUGGCUCCAUCACUUCACAGCCCUCAGACCACCACUGUACACAAACCGCGGCAGGAGAACGGCAUGGUGUGACGGACAUAACAAACACACACACACAGACGAGUACAUAAACCCACAGAAGUACAUACCACAGGUUGCCAGACACCACCUUUACAACCAUGUGCAUGUAUGUCAUGGAAAGCCAGACUGAAGGAUUUAAUUUCAUAGAAGCACAUGCACACACACACACACACACACACACACACACUUUUACAGAGCAUACAUCCUGUAUGAGUCACUCCAGGCUCCUGUGCACAUCUUUAAAACGUAACAGCCUGAGUAAGUUUAUAGGAAUGAUGAGCAGCGAAAAAAAACAAAGGAAAAAAUGGACGCAACAAAAAUGGAACCUGCCAUGUGUCUGGUCAGAAAAGAAAUCGAGCAAAAGAGAAGAGCACAAGAGGAUGAGAACAAUAUCCAGUCCCAAAAUCUAUCACUGGGAUUGUCUUUUAUUCUAAAUGUUUUUCUGUUCACAUGAUAAUAUCUCUCUCUCUCUCUCUCUCUCUCUCUCUCUCUCUCUCUUCUUCCUUAAUCUGUUUCUUGCUUCUCUGUGUCCCUCUGCCCUUCUUCUCAUUGCUUUCUUUCAUAUUCCUAAAGGAUCUGAAAAACUUUUAGUUAGGUAAAAUGUAAUGUCUUGGCGUUGCCUGCUGCGUAGAAAAGAGGAAAAGAAACAACAAACAAAAGAAACACUAUUUCAAGUGUCUUCCUGUACAUGUUAUUUCAUUUGUGGUUUCAGCAACUUUAUGACGAAAAGAAAGCAAGAGCACAAAGCACAGAAAGGGAAAUAGCUUUGUGGAGGUGACCCUUUAUCCUGAUACAGCGUGUGACUGUGUACCACAGACCUGAAAUGGCUUGUACUUAAGAAAAUUUGAAGGAAGUGAAAAGCAGUAUUCUAAGGGUGUGAAAAGAUGGGAAUUGAUUUGGUUUUGACAUGAUUUAUCGAGACUUUUAUCUAAUAAAAAUGGUCAAAACCAUUCAUUUGUUGUCAUCAUGAAGAGAACGUUGUAAUCAUGUACACGAGAAAUGUGUGAUUGUUAUAAAAGAUAAAUGGCAAAUCAUGAAUUGAGCACAUCCUGUCUCCUUGUACAUCUAUAAGAAAAACAUACAUGACGUGCCUAUAUGGGAGAGAACAAACAGACCGUAUGAAUAUAAAACAAUAUGAAAUCAUAAAACUUUCUUCAAGGAGGGGUUUAUUAAAACUGAAAUAAAAUGUGUGACAAAAAAAAACCCAGGACAGAACUUUUAUGCCAAUAUGGACACACUGAGGACUCUGUUAAAUGUGUUUUACAAGACAUUUAAAUAUUUUGGACAUCAAAGUCUGCUUUGUGAACAGUCAUUUCUAUUUUUGUCCUUGUAAAAAUUCCACAUGUGCGCCCGCUCCAAACAGCUGCAGCAUGGCACCCACCGCUUCAGCCUUUUCACUAGGCCACAACUUUACCGCAGACUGGAACCCUGACAGUGACCUGACACACCAUACAUCCCCUGUGACCAUGAUCAUCUCCACCAUGAACAAAUCUGCAAAAUGUAUUGUCUGGUUUUGCUUGCUUGCCUUUUAAUUGGGUGCUCAAAUCUGUGUAUGCAAGAGAAAACCAAAAUUCAUACCAUUUAUAUAAGUUUUAAUAAUGAGGAGGUUUAUGAAGCUUAUGGCUCAUUAUCUUUUCAAAAAGCUUCUUGAAAUGAUUACUCAAUAGCACAGCAGCAUUGUUGUUUUUAUAUUAAAUAUUUGCUGCAUGUCUGUACCUCCAUUUCCACUGAUCACCUACACUAUCUACAAAAUACUCACUCACACUAACCGCUUUAUCCUGGUCAUGGUUGCUGUGGAUCCGGCGCUUAUCCCAGGAACACUGGGAAUGAUGCUGGAAUAUACACUGGAUGUGAUGCCAUCAUAACAGCCUGAGUAAGUUUACAUGAAUGAUGAGUAGUGAAAAAUAAACAAAGGAAAAAUAUGGAAGCAAGAUGAGAACAAUAUCCAUUCCCAUCUGUCACUGGGACUGUCUUUUUAAUUCUAAUUUUUUUUUCUGUUCACAUGGUAAUCUCUCUCUCUCUCUCUCUCUCUCUCUCUCCCUCCCCUCCUCUCUUUCUUCUGCUUUCCCUUCCUUCUUAAUGACUCUGGCUCUUCUGUGUUGUUCAUCUUCCGAUUGCUUUUUCCUCUCUCCUUAAGAAAAUCAGAAAAACCUUUAAUUAAAGGAAAAAUAUUAUGUUUUGGAGUGGACUGUCAUUGCCUGCUGCUUAAGAAAGAGGAGAAGAAUGAAUCAAUAAAAGAAACACUAUUUCAA